GCUGGAUACUCGCAGCUGGCCAGUGAAGAACAAUCUAUUGGAUCCGAGGAACGACAGUUUGGAAAUGGUGACCAUUUGUGUGAGAAUGAGAGUGGAUUAUUUUACAACACCAAAGAGCUUGCUUAUAUCAACCCUUUGCGAGACCGCGCAACAUGUGCACAGGAUGGCACACGUCGAUAUCGAUAUUUUAUUGUUUGUGUAACUGUUCUUACGCUGCUCUUUUCGAUUCUCCAGUUGUUAGCCUUAUUCCGUGGUGAGUUGCGCAUUCCGCUCAGAGAGGAUGCGCAAAUCCAGCCACCAGGUCGACAGGAAGAGGAAAUGCGCCUGCUAAACUCAGAGUGGCCGUGUGGUAUAUCAGCGGAGGAGGCGAAGAAGGCGGGUUGCCAUUUUGAUCUGGGCCUGAUAGCCUGGCUGCCGCAUUCAUGCUAUAACAAGGAGCUCGACGAAUCUUUCCGCACUCUCUAUCCCUGGAAAUUCUGGCUCCCAAAUGACGAGGACACUGGACCAAAUACCACGAAGCCAAUCACCAUCGAGAGGCUGCAAGACCUACCACUUCAGAUGGUUGAUUUAGACUGGCCGGGCCACAGUUGGUCGACUUUGAUGUUCCAUGAUGCUCAUUGCCUACACGCGUGGCAAUACAUGCAUCAAGCGCUACUAAAGAACAAGGAAAUCCCCACUUCUAUCACAAGGUGGUCGCAUACCACUCAUUGCUCGCAUGAAGCUUUGAUGGAUACCUCCAACGUCACCUACAGAGAGAUCAGCCCGACAGCCCACAAUCGUUAUCCUGCGUGCGUCCAGGUGGAGAGCUUGCGCGGUGAGAUGCCUGAUUUGUAUUAACUUCAAAACGCAAAAUGAUGUAAUUCCAUUGUUACCAUGAGAGAUCCAAAUAAAAACAAGUUAAAAC